AAUAAAAAAUAAAAAAAAGGGAAGCAAUGCCAGUGUAUAAUAGAAAACCCAGAUUUAUCAAAAGGACACCCCUGCGGCCUCUGGAGAGGCUCCGUUUGGACCUGCCGUGGCUUGGCUUCUCCCGCCAAGGCGACGCAGAGAAGCGCCAGCCCGGGCCAGAGGCAGCACCGGGCCAAAAGUUGGUCCUGGCCGGUAGACUGCUCCUGUUGCAAAUCGUUCCAACAAGUCAUGUGUGGAUUCUGUCUCUAUAUACGUACUAGAAUUCAUGCAGCAAAGCAAGCUGGCCGGGUCCAGCCUCACCCUUCCUACUCUAGGUGAAAUGGAAUUUUGCAAGCACUCUGCCCAUCUUUCUAUCAGCAGGAGGAAUGUGCUUCUGCAAGAAAGAUGUGCUCAACCCCAGGCUUUUUUUCCUGCUCUAGGCAAAGGAUUUGAGUUAUUUUGCUCUAUCCAUAUAUGGACAGAACACAGGGGGAAGGGGCUGAAUCUGUGGCACAGUGGGAGGGAUUCUGUGUGUUUCCUUCACCAACAGAUUCCCCUGUUAGUUUAAAGAAGGCAGUUAAAUUUCACCACCUAAUUGAGUUAAACCGAUCCUUGCCAGAAGGGAGGAGCUCCCUUUGCAACCAGUGGAGUAUGAAAAACAGCAGCGGGCAGAUAAGGAGCAACAGCUAACAGGAGAGGGAAGCAUUGCUUUACCUGCUGCACAACUGAAGCUGAGAGCCUUUCCUCUAAUCAGCUGCAGGUUUCAGCCAUGUGGCUCUACCUGGCUGCCCUGCUGGGGCUUUACUUCCUUCGCCAAUGGUACAAGGAGAGACAGACGGUGGAGAACCUGACGGAGAAAUAUGUCUUCAUCACGGGGUGUGACUCUGGCUUUGGAAACCUACUUGCCAGGCAGCUGGAUGCCCGGGGCCUUCGUGUGCUGGCAGCCUGUCUCACGCAGAAGGGGGCAGAGCAGCUGGGCAAAGCCACCUCAGAGCGCUUGAAAACCACCAUUCUGGAUGUCACCAGUACAGAGAGUGUGGCAGCAGCGACGGAGUGGGUGAAAGGGUGCAUUGGGAACAAAGGGCUUUGGGGCUUGGUGAACAAUGCCGGCACAGCUCUACCAUCAGGACCCAACGAAUGGCUGACCAAAGAUGACUUUGCAAAGGUGAUCAAUGUCAACCUCCUAGGGUUGAUUGAUGUGACGCUGCACAUGAUGCCCCUGGUGAGGAAAGCCAGAGGGAGGGUGGUCAAUGUGUGCAGUACGAUGGGACGCCUGGCCGGCUUUGGAGGUGGUUAUUGCCCAUCAAAGUUUGGUGUGGAAGCCUUCUCUGACAGCCUGAGGCGAGAGCUCCACCUUUUUGGAGUCCAAGUCAGCAUUGUUGAACCUGGUGGUUUCCAAACAACCAUUUUCACACAAGUAGUAGAGGAUUUAAAGACAGUAUGGAACAGAGUUCCGUCCGACAUCAAAGAAGCCUAUGGGGAACAGUACUUGGAGAACUUUUGCAAAUUUGCCCAAGUUUCAUUUAACGCUGCCAGCAGCAAGCUUCACCUGGUCACUGACUGUAUAGAACAUGCCCUGACAUCCUGCUACCCUCGCACUCGCUACUCUCCAGGAUGGGAUGCAAAGUUCUUGUACCUUCCUGCCUCUUACUUUCCAACGUCCAUCGUUGACUUUGUGAUGAGCUGCCUUCUGCCCACACCUGCUCAAGCAGUAUAGAUUGCUUUGAAGAAAAACCUUUACAGUUGUCCAAAUGAGCCAACAAUCUGUGGAUGGAACACAAGCCUAAUUGCAUCUUUAUGUUUACAUUUUUAUUUUGCUUGCUUAUGUGAAGCAGAAAACGCAAAAAACAAACAACCUUUUGCAAGCAGUAUAGAGUGCUUUCAAGAAAAAGCUUUACAGUUAUAUUGCCAGGGGGAAAGCCAGUAGAUGGUGUUCCUGUUUUGAAUUAAUCUUACACUGCAUUUCUAUAUAUGGUGGAUGAGAUAAGGAAUGCAGCUGCAGGCAUGGGAAAGAAGAGAGUGGCCUCACUCUGAACCAGCUGCAGAGAUAAGUAGGAGUAUGAGUGGAAUCAUACUCUGACUUCAAAGGAGGUGCCCUUAGAAGUGGAUGGGAAAAAGGACGACAGCAUAAAACACUUGCUACAGAAACAGUGGGAAGCUGCUCCAGGACGCUAUAAAAGGCCCCAGCUGCAGCAAUCCAACAAGAUUCCAGUUUGGACUGACUGGAUGAAGUGCCAAGCAUAUUUUGGCCUGAGAAAGAGGGGCCCUAGGGCAAGGCUGGGUGGCGCAGGGCGCCAGGGAGGCACCGCGCUGCUGUGCCUGUGGAAGCCACGCUGCGUGCUGCGCCCGCCAGCCAGCUGCACUGGGAAACGUGGCGGGGGGGCGGGCGCCGGAGGGAUCGGCGCACCAUGGCGCCCGGGCACCCGAUAUGCUUAAGACGGCCCUGGUGCCGUCAGCGAUUUCUGGAAUGUCCCCUGCAAAAAUGAUGGAUAGCUGAGCUAGCUUCACAACUUUAUCUUUGAGUAUUCUUUCUUAUACAGUCAUACCUUGGAAGUCGAACGGAAUUUGUUCCGGAAGUCCGUUCGCCUUCCAAAAUGUUCGCAAACCAAAGCGUAGCUUCUGAUUGGCUGCAGGAAGCUCCUGAAGCCAAUCAGAAGCCACACCAGACAUUUGAAAAUCAUUCUGGUUUUCGAUGGUUUGGGAGCUGAAACAUCCAAGUUAUGAAGCGUUUGGCAACCAAGGUACGACUGUACUUUAAUUGUAUAUUAGCAUCUGUUGCUGCUUCUUUGCUUAUUAUUAUAGUAGUUAAUAAAGCUUGCUUCUACUGCCUAAAAGUUUGAGAUGCAAAGAACUCACUGCUGCCUCAGGAUUACCAGGGUUGGGUGAUUGUUGGGGAGGCAUAACCAUUGGGCAUUACACAGUUGUCUAAAUGAGCCAACAAGCUGUGGAUGGAAUAAAAGUCUAAUUGCAUCUUUUAGGAUCCUAAUGAGAGGCCAAUUAAAGAGAAGUGAUUUAUUAUUAUUCUGAACUAUUGUCUGUUGCAGCUGAAGUUGCAAUGCUUUACCACUCAUUUACCUAGCUAGGAACAAAAUACAUUAAACUGUGGGACUUCAGUCUAAAUGGACAUGCUGUGUCAGGCAAGCUUUUGGGUCACAUGGCCUAGAAGGGGUCAUAAAUGGUGCGACAAGAAAAAAUAUAGAAUCAUAGAAUUGUAGAGUUGGAUGACCCCCAAGAGUCAUAUAGCCCAACCCCUCUGCAAUGCAGAAGCGUCAUAUAGCCCAACCCCGCUGCAAUGCAGGAAUAUAGAAUCAUAGAAUUGUAGAGUUGGAUGACCCCAAGAGUCAUAUAGCCCAACCCCUCUGCAAUGCAGGAAUCUCAGCUAAAGCACCCAUGACAGGUGUCCAUCGAACCUCUGCUUAACAAUCUCCAAGGAAGGAAGGCACGCUUGGCAAAUCCACACUGUGAUCAACUCCCACUCAGAAACCAAUGUCCCCACUGUGGAAGGACACGUAAGUCCAAAAUUGGUCUCCACAGUCACUUACGGACUCAUUGUUAAAACCAUGUUUGUGGAAGACAAUCUUCCUUGGCUACAAGUGACCACCAAAGAAGAAGAAUUAGAAGUCUAACGGAGAGGUGUCCCCUUUCCCUUGUGGUGAGUCUUCACCUCCUUGCUGGGGUGGGGGAACUCUGGCACAACAGGACAGUCAAGAUCUUCCUUGCUUUCCUUCCACAGGUUCCUGCCUCCGCUCAUUUUCUGCUGACUGAUAAGAGACAUAGAGGACCCUCCUUUCUGGAGUCAGGCUGUCAAAGCCAGGCCCUAGAGCAGUUUUUGUUUUUAUUACACAUGUUGUGUUUUUAUCUUGCAUUUUUAUGUUGUGAACCACCUUGGGACCCAGUAGUGUAGUUGGGGGGAUGCCCAGCCCAGGUGGCACUUACCUUUGUGGGCAGAAUGCCUGAGCCCCAGGUGAUGCAGAAGCCCAGGCGCCCCACACUCCCCUGGCUACAUUCCUGGGCCGUGUCUCCAGGGGCUGUUGCUGGUGCUCCCUUUGACCUGCUGGAAUCGAGCUGCUGGGGGCAGGGGGGCUCAGGGUGUUUUCCCCAAGGGAAUAAAGUUAGUGAGGAAAGCGGCCCAGGCAUCUGAAGUUCCCCUCCUGCUGCGGCUGUGAGUGCCUCGUGAGCGUGCUCGCUGGAGGAACCAGAGCAGGGAAACUUUGCACCCCUGUCUCUUCCUUUUGCACUCCUUAGCCAUGUAACCUGUAUGCAACCCAACCCAGUGGCAGUUGGAGAAGCCUAGUUGCAACCACCUCGCUUUGUCUCUUUGGUUGCCAAUUUUCAGCUUUUCCGACCGCAUUCUGAACCUUGAUAUUGUACAGUGGUACCUCGAUUUAUGAACACAAUUGGUUCUGGAAGUCUGUUCAUAAACUGAAGCGUUCAUAAACUGAAGCAAACUUUCCCAUUGAAAGUAAUGGAAAGUGGAUUAAUCUGUUCUAGACGGUCUGCAGAGUACUUAAACUGAAGUGUUCAUAAACUGAAGCGAACUUUCCCAUUGAAAGUAAUGGAAAGUGAAUUAAUCCGUUCCAGAUGGGUCCGCGGCGUUCGUAAACCGUAAAUUCGUAAACCGAGGUGUUCAUAAACCGAGGUUCCACUGUAAUUUCUUUUUACAACACUUCCAUUCAAGCUGGGCUUGGAUUUCAGUUUCCAGGAGGGAUGGAAAGCUGGAUUGGAGCAGCAAUGCUAUUGAAAUCAGUGGCAAAAAAGACAAUCACGGAAACGUAUAAUCAGCGCAAAAACAAAACUAUGCCGUGAUAAAUCUCUGAAAUGAGAUAUUGAUAAGGUGAAUAAUACUAAAACUCAACUAAUGAUUACUCAAAGAAACAUAAUAGGUUUAAAUUUCCCAAAAGAAACUAGGAUAUAGAAAAGACAUGAAUAUCUCAAAAUAACCUCUAAAUAAAGUAAACCUUGACGAGGUGCCGGCUAAGUGACUCGUUUCACUGGAAAAAUCUCUAUCUGUUUACACAGAAGGAAAAUAUUAAGGGGCCGAGGUUUCCUUAUAAUCAAAACUAAACAGGAGCUGUAAGCUCUGAAAAGAAUUGAAAAUUACAUAGCAGUCAGGGAUAAACUUCCCCAAGAUAAGACUAUAGUUGUUUAAACUAAUGGUUAGCUAACCUAUGGGACAAUUCAAGUAAUGAAUAUCAUUGCUCUUGGAAAAGAUUAAGUGAAGGGCUGUAAAAGCUCUCCUAGUUGUGAUGGUGUGACGCCACUGUUCAGACUGCUAGAGGGUGUUUCUGAUUCUUGGCUUAUAUACCGAGUGGAGCUCCAUUUCUUAAAGGGCUAGGAACAAUUAAUUGUCUUAGGGCGUGUUAAAGGACACUUUCAAUAGUAAAAUGCAACAAACUUACAUAAUGCUGGUUCUAAAAUGCUCUUAACAUAAAGAGACUUAUAGAGGAAUAAUAGUAAUGAGUAUGAUUGUAAAAUGAAAAGGAGCUAUCCUUGUUUAUAAUCACAGAACAACACUGUAAGCGCUCUUGAUCUGAACAAUAAAUCCAAGCUAACUUCUUAAAGAAACUGAUGUUUGUGGCCUUAUAUUUAACGUUCUUGGAUUUGAUGAAAAUGGGUAUUUACAAGAAAGGACUAAAAUCCAUAUUCGUGUUGAGGCCUGUAGGUGUUAGGGAUGCAAACCUGUGUAUCCAAUAUGUUUCUUUUUGUAAUGAUUUCUUUGGCAAAAUAUCCAAAUUUGGUUCCUUGCUAGUAUGUUUGUAGAUAACAAACCACCUGAAGUCUGUGGAUCUAUGGUUCGCUCUUAUAAAAUGUGAUGUGAGCGAUGCCUCAAUAAUUUGGUUUGCAAUGCGGCAAACCAACCAUCACAACUAGGAGAGCUUUUACAGCCCUUUGCUUAAUCUUUUCUAAGAGCAAUGUUAUUCAUUACAGUGGUACCUCGGUUUAUGAACACAAUUGGUUCCGGAAGUCUGUUCAUAAACUGAAGCGUUCAUAAACUGAAGCGAACUUUCCCAUUGAAAGUAAUGUAAAGUGGAUUAAUCCGUUCCAGAUGGGUCCGCGGAGUACUCAACCCGAAGCAUGGGUGUAAUUGGUUCUGGAAGUCUGUUCAUGAACUGAAGCAUUCAUGAACUGAAGCGAACUUUCCAAUUGAAAGUAAUGGAAAGUGAAUUAAUCCGUUCCAGAUGGGUUUGCGGCGUUCGUAAACCGAAAAUUCGUAAACCGAGGUGUUCAUAAACCGAGAUUCCACUGUAGUUGAAUUGUCCCAUAGGUUAGCUAACCUU